UGUCACCUAAAACUGCACCCGAACCCGCGGCGUGUUUGUUUGUCUCAGUCUGCUUCCUCGGUUUUUCACGUCCAUUAUUUAAAACAGAAAACAAUGUCUUCAAUCAAAGAGAGAGCUGCAGCCCUGAACCUGGCAGAGAAACUGUGCGUGCGUCCUCAAGGUCCAGGAGGGACCACCAAGCCUGUGCAGUCCUCGUCCAUAUGGAGCGGCAUCGUGUCCCACCUCAGGUCCACUGUGACGGUGAAACGCAGACUUGUCCACCUCAAGUCCCACAACGAGUGUUUCCUCGGCUCGGAGGCCGCGGACGUUGUGGCAGAACACCUCGCCAACGCCAGGGGCCUUGAGGGUGCGAGUGUGUCACGGGACAAAGUGGUGUGUGUGUGCCAGGCGUUGCUGCAGUGUAAGGUGUUCGAGGCCGUGGGAACAAAAGUGUUCGGCAAAAACAAAAACCGGGAUGUAUUCCAGGACAGCAAGAGCGCCCUCUACAGGUUUGUCGGUUCGUCCACACCUUCAGUUGAUGAGUUGGAAAAAGGCGAGCUUGUGAACGGGAUCCAGAAAUUCUUUUGCAGCACUUCUUCAGACGGCUGGGAUGAACAGACGUGUUUGUCCGAGCGUCACGAUGACACGUCCGUCCCUGAGACGUCCUCGACGAGCAGCCAGCUCGAGACUCGCUUCGCCGCUAGUCUGACGAUGGGUCCUCCAGCGGGCGGUCUGAGUCCCAGCAAAUUACAGACCCCCUCCAGUGUACCACAGUCGUUGGUGAAUGAGGUGUGGCAGGAGCAGACUUUGCUCAGGCUGUUAAACCUGAUAGAGCUCCCCCUGCUGGAAGGAGUGCUGCAGUGCACAUCAUCUCCACCCGCUGAGAACCUGGUGGCGCGGGGUAACCCCGACCUGAUCUACAGCAGCAACCACCUGGACCGACAGAUCCUCAGGGCCUUCAGGAACUCCCAGGAAGACGAGUGGCUCUGCGCAGCCCUGGACUGUUUGGACUUCCUGCCCGACCAGCCGGUGGUGGAGCUGAGCCGAGAGCUGCCUCAUUGUGAGAGCUGCGAUGGUGAACCAGCCGGCGGCAGCGUCCAACAGCGAGGUCCCAGCAGUGAGGAGCAGACGAGUCCGUCUCAGAGCGACUCGGUCCAGUGUAAGCUGCUGCUAUACGAGGCGCUGGUGAAGCACUACGGCAACACAAGCCGGCCCCCUCUGCUGCCUCAGCCCAUGGCAGACAUCUACACGGCCAUAACUGACCUGCUGGUGAGCGCCGAGAUGGGCAAGGCUCUGGAGGCUCUGCAGCUGUGUCUGAAGCUGCUUCCUCAGAGCAGCAGAGAAGAACUGCACCAGCUGCUCACCUUCAUGUCCCUGGCAGCCAGUCCACAAGGAGUAAAGGUUGACAAGGAGGUGGAGAACAGACUGGCGGUGAAGAAGUCGUUCGCCAGGGCGAUACUGGACAGCAAGACGCUCUCAAAGGAAAAAGAGGAUCUUCUGUUGGUCUUUAUGCUGAGCAACGUAAAGGAAAUCUUUAAGAUACCGGGGUCCCUGCACAAAGGAGUGAGCGAGAAACUGGCCAGACUGGCUCAGGGUGAACAGCCCGAUGUGACGGGUUCUACGAUCAGCCCGCAGGCUUCCAGCAGGACUCACACGGAGACGACUACGAACCGAGAACUGUUAGUGCUCCUGAACAACAUCAACCUGGACACGAAGAUAUCCAGCAAGGAGAGGAAACGCCUCCUCAGACAGUUCUACCAAGCUCACCCGGAGAUAUUUACCCAGUACUUUGGGGACUCUGCUGCCAUCGAGCUGUAGACCCGUUAAAAACUGGGGUUAUGUUGUAAAGCUACACGAUCGUAUAUUAUACGGACUUUUUUCUUUUUCUGUAAAACUGUUGACUUGAUGCGCUGUCAACAGAGAAAGUUGAAGGAAAAAGAGCAGCUGCAAAAACUGAGUUUACUUGAUUAAAUUAUGUUCUGGUUUAAAGGAUAACAAUGCAUAAAACAGCCUGAUAAACACUAGUAUAUAUCAGGUAUGUGCUGGGUGGGUAGGUACCCAGUAAGUACUUAAAUCCUCAGAAAAUACCGAUAUAUUGGGUACACACUUACGUACCAGUUAAGUCUUUGUACUGAUCUUAUGUAUUCUGUUUAAAGAACAACCUGAGUGACAUUAUUAUUGUAAAAAUAUGCAGAAACUUUCUGACUGAACAUUUUCCUACAAAGAUUAGGGAGCUUCUCAAGGACUUGCAAUACUUUCAUUAAAAAAGUAUUACCUGAAACUAGUAACGUAAACUUUAAAUGUGACUAAUCAUUUUUAUCUUAAGUUGAUACUUGUUAGUUUUUCAGCUGCUAGCUUUGGUCUCUAAAUGUUCUGGGUUUUUCAGUGUCGUGUUUUGACAAACUGAUAUGAAAAAUGUCUCCAGUUUCUGUUUGUUUUUGUUAUUUGAUAAUAAAUUUCUUCUGUCAAAGUAAA